CUGCUAUAAAUUAACAUCAUGCAUGAGAAAUUUUUAUAAACUCACAAACAGUGCCGCAGAUAGAAACUCUCAAACGCUUCCUUCCACUCACUCCCUGACUACUCUCACUCAGUACCACUCUUCCCCUUUCUCUUUCUUUCUUUCUCCCCAACACAUCCCCAGCCACUGGGUCCCUCUCUGUUUUUCCAUGUCUUUAUAAUUUUCCUUCAUGCCCCACUAUAUUAUAUUGCACAUACAUUUGUGCAUCUCUCUAUUCGCAGUUAACGACAACGUGGACUGCACCUGCUGACUCGUAUUUCGCCAUUUUAUUAGCUUAUAAAGCUACCUGACAACACCCACUUCUCAUUUCCCCCGUACCAUUUUAACUCUUUCUUCCCGUAUCAUUACAUUUCGCACCCACACUCCACUUCCUCCUUCUACUUCUCUGCCCUUUCCCUCUCUCUUUAUCCCUUCUUAAACCCCAACACUCCCACAUCGCAUACCAUCGCCUCCCCUUCCCACACCACCAACCCAAUAAUCAUGCAUCGUUGUUGCGGGAACUCCCAGGGUCACGUGAUGGGCACCUGUACAUGCACCAUGCUUCACACCGAAACUAACUCUUACUCCAUCCUCUUUUCUAUGCCCAACACCCACGCUCCCUAUUAUGAUUACGAACACGAAGUCUACUCCUCCUACACGCCCUCUCCUUCUUCCGUCGACUGCACGCUCUCCCUCGGUACCCCUUCCACACGUUUCACCGAAGGCGAGGAGUUACGGAACCGCCACGAACCUCGCUCUUCCGUCACCAACUUCCGCUGGGACUUGCUGCAAUCCAAACACACCACGCAAUCUCAAACCAAUAAAUCAACCAGAGCAACCAAUGCCGCCUCCAACAACGACCCUCUCCUCGCUCGUCGCUGCGCCAACUGCGACACCACUUCUACUCCCCUAUGGAGAAACGGCCCUCGUGGCCCAAAGUCACUAUGCAAUGCUUGUGGGAUCAGAUAUAAGAAGGAAGAGAGAAGAGCAUCGGCUGCCGCCGCCACGUCUGCGGCGGUUCCCGGCAGCGUAAUGGAAUCAUCUCGCUCGUACGGCAACCAAAGCAGUUCGUGGUACUCACACUCGCAGAUGGGGAACGAGUUACGUUUCAUGGAGGAUUCCGACGAUAGAGAUUCGGAGAACGGCAUUCCGUUCUUCUCUUGGAACCUUAACGUUCCAGACCGAACGAGCAUGGUGCACGACUACACGAGAUGAUGAACGAUGGCGAUAUCCUUAAUACGUUAAUAAUAAUAGGGAGAGAAAAAAAAUGACAAAAGCGAGUAGCAGCUACCUUGACGUUAGAAGACCACACAGGUGUACGUCGACGUUUUACGAUGGUGAUGUAGAUGUUUUUGAUUGCGAUGGUUGCAUUAUGGUCUCGUCAAUGUGAUGUUUUUUUUUUGACCUUUUCCUUUUUGUUUGGUUCCUUUUCUCCGUCUUGCUGCGAAAGAUGGAGUGAGAAGGGGAUAAUUCUAUGUUCUUAGUUUGCUUUUUCUUUGGUCUUGGUUCUUUAACUUUCUCUUUCAGUUACUUGUUAAUCCUACCUUUCUGUUGCUUCA